AACGCCAGCAGGGACUCCAUGGAAACGGCAGACUGGCGUGCUAGCUUGAGGAGAGAGAAGAAGCAUUGGUUAGCUAGCUAGCGAUAAAUCUCAGUCCAGUCCAGAUAAACUCUCCUGAACACUGAAUACAUUUCAUUUACUGCCUUUUCUGCAAAGAUGAGCCGCACGCCCGAUGCCAGAGCGAGGGACACCCAGACCAGAAAGAUCCAGGAAAACAUUACCAAUGUGGAGAAACAUUUUGGAGAGAUGUGCCAACUGUUUGCCGCCUAUGUCCGUAAAACAGCCAGGCUACGAGACAAGUCAGACGUCCUGGUUAGGGAAAUCAGCGUGUAUGCAGACACAGAGACGCCCCACCUGAAGAGAGGUAUGAAGCAGUUUGCUGACCACCUGGCCAAGAUUCAAGACUACCGCCAAGCUGAGGUGGAAAGACUUGAAGCCAAAGUCAUAGAGCCAUUAAAAAGCUAUGGAGCUGUUGUGAAACGUAAAAGGGAGGAUCUGAAGACGACUCAGAGUGCCAGAGACAGAGAAGCCAAACAGAUGGCUCAGCUUGAGAGGACGAGACAGAGAAACCCCUCAGACAGGCAGAUCAUUUCUCAGGCUGAAAGUGAGCUCCAGAGAGCCACCAUGGACGCCACGCGGACCACCAGGCAGCUGGAGGAGACAAUAGACGAGUUUGAGAGGCAGAAGAUCCGAGACAUCAAGAAAAUCUUCGGUGAGUUUGUGACAGUGGAGAUGUCGUUCCACGCCAAGGCCUUGGAGGUGUACACUUUGGCCUACCAGAGCAUUCAAAGCGUGGAUGAGGAGGAGGACCUGGAGGUGUUCAGGAGCUUGCUGCACCCCCCUGACUACCAGUCACGCUUAGACAUAGUGCGAGCUAAUUCCAAAACCUCCCUCGAUCGGACCGGGUCCUUCCUGAGUACAGCAGGGACCUUACAGCAACAAAGAGCUAGCAGUCGCCAGACGAGGAGAGAGGAUGAGGACGACGAAGAGGAUGAAGAUGAAUCUGAAGAGGAGGAGGAAGAGGAGGACGAAGAGGAGGAAUCAGAUGAUGAACAUUAAUUAUUUUGUAUGGAACAGAAAAAAGGAUAUCAAAAGGUGUAUUACUGUGUCAUUGCCAAAAUCACCUCAUACAGGUGGUCUGAGCAGUAUUGUAGAGCUGUAAGUGUGUUGUAGUUGUGUGAUGCUUUGUAAGAGAACAUGUUGUCCUUUACUAACAUUUGUCUUUGAAAUUCCAGCCAAUUAUUGUCUUAUAUAUUUUUGUAUGCACAUUACAUAUUCAAUUGUACUGGAACGACCAGUGCGUUUAUUUUAUUGCACCAUGUUAUUAUCUUUAUGAAUUAAAAAAAGAAAAUCAGUUUUCAA